AUGAAGCCCCUCUCUAGGCCCUACGGCGCCUUUAUCGCGCGCGCCUCGCCCCGCACCCUCCUCAACGGCAUCAUGGCCGCCUGCGGAGCCGGCUUCUUGCUCUUCGGAUACGACCAAGGCGUAAUGAGCGGGCUCCUGGCCAGCCCGCCGUUUCAGGCCCAGUUCCCGCGCAUGGCCGACGACGCCACGCUCCAGGGGCAGGUGGUGGCCCUCUACGAGAUUGGGUGCUUUGCGGGUGCGCUGGCCACCUUUUGGCUGGGCGAGCGCCUGGGCCGCCGCAGGAUGAUCAUCUACGGCAUGCUUGUCCUCUCGCUCGGUGCCGUCAUCCAGGCCUCGUCGUUCGACGUGCCCCAGCUGAUUGUGGGCCGCAUCGUCGCCGGCGUCGGCAAUGGCUUCACCACGGCCACCAUCCCCGUCUACCACUCCGAGACGUCCAAGGCCCACGACCGCGGCCGGGCGGUAUGCAUCGAGCUCGCCGUCAACAUCGCCGGCGUGUGCACCAGCUACUGGAUCGACUACGGCUUCAGCUUCAUCCACGGCAGCAGCGUCCAGUGGCGCUUCCCGCUCGCCUUCCAGGUGUUUUUCGCCCUCGUCACCGUCGGCCUCAUCUCGUUUAUGCCCGAGUCGCCCAGGUGGCUGCUGCUCCAGGGCCGCGACGACGAGGCGCUCGACGUGCUCCGCAUGCUCGACGUCUCGCAGCAGGUCGCCGAGGAGGUCGUGGGCAAGGGCGCCACCACACCCGACGCCGCCGCUCCAGACGCCCCCGCGCAUGCGCUCGACUACCGCCACGAGUUUGACGUCAUCAAGGCCACGAUCGAAGAGGAGCGUGCCCUCUCCGCCGGCUCGCCGCCCUGGCGCGACAUCUUCCGCAACAGCGGCAAGGAGCGCUACCUGCAGCGCGCCCUGCUGGGCAUGGGCAGCCAGUUUGCCCAGCAGCUCUCGGGCAUCAACCUGAUCACCUACUACGCCCCCGUCAUCUUCCAGCAGUCGGUCGGGUUCUCGCACAACCUCUCUCUCCUCAUGUCGGGCUUCAACGGCCUCGCCUACUUUUUCAGCUCCCUCGUCCCCAUCUUCCUCAUCGAGCGCCUCGGACGACGCCCGCUCAUGCUCUUUGGCGCCGCGGGCCAGAUGGGUUGCAUGGCCGUCCUGGCCGCCAUGACGGUCUCGGUCGGGGACACGGCCAAGGGCAUCGUGGCCACCGUCAUGCUGUUUCUCUUCAACUUCUUCUUUUCCGUCGGCUGGCUCGCCAUCCCCUGGCUCUACCCCGCCGAGAUCAACCCGAUGCGCACCCGCACCCAGGGCGCCGCCCUCGCCACGUGCUCCAACUGGAUCUUUACCUACCUCGUCGUGUGCAUCACGCCGCCGUCGGUGCAGAACAUCGGAUACAAGACCUACGUCAUGUUUGCCAUCUUCAAUGCAUCCUUUAUCGUUCUCACCUUCUUCUUUUACCCCGAGACGAAAGGUUUGACGCUGGAAUCGGUCGACAAGCUGUUCGAAGAGACGCAAGCAUGGUCCAUCGGGCCCGUCGACACGCGGCGGUACAACGUUGCCGCCGUCGCCGGCGGGUCGGGAAACACGCAUACGCUCGCCGCCUCGCCGUUGCCGUCGUCUUCGUCGUCGUCGUUGGAGAUGUGCGAUGCCGAGGUCGGGCUGGAGAAAAAGGCAGGCUACGCCCUCGCGACCAAGACGGGCGUGAGCGACGUCGAGCCCGCUCAGAAGGCUUAA